AUGCAACAUACAAGACUGUUUAGAUGUACAAAUGAAAAGGGCUAUUUUUCUGUGUCUGAAAAAACUGUUGAUUUUUGUCAGGAGGAUCUUGAAAAUGAUGACGUUAUGAUUGUGGAUGAUGGCAAUUUUGUUUAUAUAUGGCUGGGAACUGGUAUAAACAUUUUGUUUAAUUUUUUUCUGAUUUUUUUCUGGUUUCUUGGCCACAACCUAGUUUUUCUGGUCCGGGUUGUUUCUGAUUUUUAA